CGUUGAGCCAGCGCCCGGGCCUGGAAUCGGGGCCGCCAGCCGCCGCCCGCCGACCAUGGAUCCCCGCAAAGUGAACGAGCUCCGGGCCUUCGUGAAGUUAUGUAAGCAGGACCCGAGCGUCCUGCACACGGAGGAGAUGCGCUUCCUGAGAGAGUGGGUGGAGAGCAUGGGGGGUAAAGUACCACCUGCUACCCAUAAAGCUAAAUCAGAAGAAAAUAUCAAGGAAGAAAAAACAGAUAGUAAGAAGGCGGAGGAGACCAUACAGACAGACGAGCCGUCAAGUGAGGAAAGUGAUCUAGAAAUUGACAAUGAAGGUGUAAUUGAACCAGACACUGAUGCGCCUCAGGAAAUGGGAGAUGAAAACGUAGAGAUAACUGAGGAGAUGAUGGACCAGGCAAAUGAGAAGAAAGGGGCUGCCAUUGAAGCCCUAAAUGAUGGUGAACUGCAGAAAGCCAUAGACCUGUUCACAGAUGCCAUCAAGCUAAAUCCUCGCUUGGCCAUUCUGUACGCCAAGAGAGCAAGUGUCUUCGUCAAAUUACAGAAGCCAAAUGCUGCCAUCCGAGACUGUGACAGAGCCAUUGACAUAAAUCCUGAUUCAGCUCAGCCUUACAAGUGGCGAGGGAAAGCACACAGACUUCUGGGCCACUGGGAAGAAGCCGCCCAUGAUCUGGCCCUUGCCUGCAAACUGGAUUAUGAUGAAGAUGCCAGUGCAGUGCUGAAGGAAGUUCAACCCAGGGCCCAGAAAAUUGCAGAACAUCGGAGAAAGUAUGAGCGAAAACGUGAAGAACGAGAGAUCAAAGAAAGAAUGGAAAGAGUCAAGAAGGCUCGAGAAGAGCAUGAGCGCGCCCAGAGGGAGGAAGAAGCCAGACGACAAUCAGGAGCUCAGUAUGGCUCUUUUCCAGGUGGCUUUCCUGGGGGGAUGCCUGGAAAUUUUCCUGGAGGAAUGCCUGGAAUGGGAGGGGCCAUGCCUGGAAUGGCAGGAAUGCCUGGCCUCAAUGAAAUCCUUAGUGAUCCAGAGGUUCUUGCAGCCAUGCAGGAUCCAGAAGUUAUGGUGGCUUUCCAGGAUGUGGCCCAGAACCCUGCAAACAUGUCGAAAUACCAGAGUAACCCCAAGGUUAUGAAUCUUAUCAGUAAAUUGUCAGCCAAAUUUGGAGGUCAAGCAUAAUGCCCUUCUGACAAAGCCCUUGCUGAAGGAAAAGCAGCCCAGAUCACCUAAUGGAUGUCGCAAUAAUACAAACCAGUGUACCUCUGACCUUCUCAUCAGAGAGCUGGGGUGCUUCGAAGAUAAUCCCUACCCCUCUGCACCAAAUGCAGCUGAAGCAUUUGACAGUGGUUUGUCAUUAGGGUAUUCAUUCAGAUAAUGUUUUCCUACUAGGAAUUACAAACUUUAAACUUUUUAAACCUUAAAAAUGUUUAAAACAAAUUAAAAAGGGUGUUAAUUCCUCCAUUUUUCUUUGCUAAUCAUUUUGAGUUUUUUUCCUUUGAAUAAUUGGGCGAGGAAGAUACAUAAGUACAGAAGAUUUAUUGCUCUAGUGUGAGUGAAAUAAAGGUUAGUAGUUGGCAGCAUAUAUAACUCAUUUAAAUAGAUGAAGGUUUAGUUGGAUAUAUGGUUACUGAGGCAUUUUGAUUUGUCCUUAAAUGCUUUAUUUUUCAAAAAUAAAGUGAUUUAUUUCAAUAAAACUUGGGACCACCAGUAUUUCUGUAGGACCUGGGUAGGGACUGGAAGCACUUGGCAGGGCAGUGGCAGUCUUACCAUGUUUUAUAUGACACGCACCCUUGAGCAGAUUACACUGAAAUCUCACACUCUGGUGAGGGGAUGAUUCUUUUGUAAUGCUGCAGUAGUGUUGGAUUACUUAGCUCUGUUCUUGUCCAAUAUAUCAAAUAAAUGCUUCAUAUUAUUUCCACAGAUAAAAUACAGGAGUACUUUUCUUGUUAUA